AUGUCAUCAAUCUCAAAAACGAAGAAGAACAUGGAGAACAAGUUCAUACUAGUGUACAAGAACAUUUUCCCGAAUAGAAAGCGUAUUAUAGGAAAAUAUGUGGAUAUUGGCGUGUUGUAUUCAGAGGCACGAUUAGAGAGAACUAUCAAAAUUGAAGGAAAUCAAGCGCUAGAGGCCGGUGUUUCCGCAGCACGAAUAAUUGCAUCAAACAACUUGGCAAUUGCCAAUCCCAACAAUCAGAGGGCAACUUAUGACAGUGAUCAGGAUUAUGACAACGAGGAAGAGGAUGUUAAUGAGGAUUCACAUGCCAGCAAUGGAUACAAUAUGGCGCAAGGAUUCAGAAAGUUUCAACGCGAAUCACAUCAAGUAGCUAAGUCACAAGGACUUUUCAUCAACGGAAAUCUUCAACAACUUCUGUAA